CCCGUGGGCGGGAGGGGGCCGGGAUCAGGCGGCGGCGGCGGCGGGGGCGGCUUGAGCCCUCCGCGCCCCUUAGUGCGGGCUUUUCACCGUCCCUCGCCCGUCCUUCAUCGCCGUUGCCUUCCGGACGCGCAGAGCUCUGGGCCCGCCCUAUCUCGAGCUCCUGACAGCUCGGCUAACUUCUAUUCAUCCUUCAAAACCCAUCCCUGGUCGUCUCUGUUGCCUUCCUCAGUCUGUGGCCUCCGGUGCAGGAUUCGUGUUUUGUGUUUAAUCUCUGUACACACCAGACCCAGCAUAAGGCUUGGCACAGAGUAGUUUGUCCUUGAAGGACAGCAAGAAACUGUGUCUUCAAUGGCUUCGUUGGUGGCUUAUGAUGACUCAGAGUCAGAGGCUGAGACUGAGCCCGUGGGAAGUUUUAAUGCUGCCAGCCAGACCAAAGACACCUCUGAUGUGCUCAAACCUCUUGGGCAGGAUUUUGCAUCUGAAGCUGCAGGUGUGACAGAAGGGGCAGCACUGCCCACAAAGCAUGGUUCUUGUGAAGACCCAGCUGGCCAUCGUCUCCCACUGGUUCGGCUCUGGAGAAGUGACCCUGGAUCUUGUCCCAGCCAGAGGCUACAGUGGCCCAGGACGGAGCCUGAUGUCACCUUCCCCACAGAUAAGCCUCCUCAACAUUCCCUGUGGACCAGUCACGUUCCAGCUGGCCAUGUUCCCCUGGCAGCUGCCCGCUUUAGGCAGGUUAAAGUCUCCUGGGGAACUUACCACUCCCCUGAACCAUCCUUCUGUGCCCAAACCAAAUCUGAAACCCCGGGUAAAAAUGUCAACUCUCUUCAGAGGAAAAGGUGUGAGGACUGUAUCGUGCCCUACACCCCAAAAAGACUACGACAGUCACAGGCAUUAAGCAUGGAAACUGGCAAGAGUAAAGAUGUGGAGGCCCAGGGUCCGUCUGUAGGGCGUGCCCCAGCCCCUCUCUGUGUGACUCCCAGAGUGUCCGAGUUUAUUCAGCCAUAUUUGGACAGUCAAUAUAAAGAAACCACGAUCCCCAGGAAAGUGCUCUUCCACCUGAGAAGCCACAGGGGCCCUGUCAACAGCAUUCAGUGGUGUCCGGUCUUUGCUAAGAGCCACAUGCUUCUCUCAGCUUCCAUGGAUAAAACCUUCAAGGUGUGGAACGCUGUGGACUCGGGCCGCUGCCUGCAGACCUACUCCCUGCACAGCGAGGCAGUGCGGGCUGCCCGGUGGUCUCCCUGUGGUCAGCGCAUCCUCAGUGGUGGCUUUGACUUCGCCCUACACCUAACAGACCUUGAAACAGGAACCCAGCUCUUCAGUGGUCAGAGUGACUUUAGGAUCACUACCUUGAAAUUUCAUCCGAAAGACCACAGCCUUUUUGUGUGUGGAGGCUUCCACCCCGAAGUCAAAGCUUGGGAUAUAAGGACCGGCAAGGUGGUGAGAAGUUACAAGGCGACCAUCCAGCAGACCUUGGACAUCCUCUUCCUCCAGGAAGGCUCUGAGUUUCUGAGCAGCACAGAUGCUUCGAGCCGGGACUCUGCUGACCGUACCAUUAUUGCCUGGGAUUUCCGGAGCUCUGCCAAAAUCUCCAACCAGAUAUUCCACGAGAGAUACACCUGCCCCAGCCUCACCUUGCACCCCCGGGAGCCCGUGUUCCUGGCGCAGACCAACGGCAACUACCUGGCUCUCUUCUCUGCUGUGUGGCCCUACCGGAUGAGCAGGAGACGGCGCUACGAAGGGCACAAGGUAGAAGGCUACUCGGUGGGCUGCGAGUGCUCCCCAGACGGUGACCUGCUGGUGACGGGCAGUGCCGACGGCCGAGUCCUGCUCUACAGCUUCCGCACUGCCAGCCGGGCGCGCACACUGCAGGGGCAUGCCCAGGCUUGUGUUGGCACCACCUUCCACCCUGUGCUGCCCUCUGUCCUCGCCACCUGCUCCUGGGAGGGCGACAUUAAGAUCUGGCACUGAGCCUCCUCGUGCAGAGCCUUCCGGAUGCCAGCCAGGCCCCAGGCUCCCAUUCUUCCUUGGGUGGGUGGGUGUGAGGAAGCACUGAGGUUGCCUCUGAUCAAAGCUGGGUAGAGGGUGCCUCCACCACCCUCUGAGCCUCAGUUUCCACAUCUGUAAAAUGGGGACAGAGAUCUGUUUGGCUCAGGGUUGUGAGGACCACAUUAGUGGAAGUGCCUGGCAGGUUGCUUGCGGUGCUUAAUAAACAUGAGUGUUUUGCUA